AUGAAGAAGGAAGAGGAAGGGGAAGAGGAAGGAAGAAGAAAGAAAAGGGAAGAAGAGGAAAGAAGAAGAAGGAAGAGGAGGAGGAAGAAGAAGAAGGGGAAGAAGAAGAAGAAGGUGAAGAAGAGGAAGAAGGGGAAGAAGAGGAAGAAGGGGAAGAAGAGGAAAAAGGGGAAGAAGAGGAAGAAGAGGAAUAAGGGGAAGAACAGGAAGAAGAGGAAGAAGGGGAAGAAGAGGAAAAAGGGGAAGAAGAGGAAGAAGGGGAAGAACAGGAAGAACAGGAAGAAGGGGAAGAAGGGGAAGAAGAGGAAGAAGGGGAAGAAGAGGAAAAAGGGGAAGAAGAGGAAAAAGGGGAAGAAGAGGAAGAAGAGGAAUAAGGGGAAGAACAGGAAGAAGAGGAAGAAGGGGAAGAAGAGGAAAAAGGGGAAGAAGAGGAAGAAGGGGAAGAACAGGAAGAACAGGAAGAAGGGGAAGAAGGGAAAGAAGAGGAAGAAGUGA